GCCUUCUGUCUGUUUCAGUAACCGGAGAGAGGAGGAAACAUGGCGGCCACGGGCGAUCCGGAGCGGGACGUUGCCUAUUCACUUUGAGCUUUCUCAUACUAAGUGAGUCCGGGGCUUGGGGGAACUAUUGCUUCCACAUCUGCAGAGGUUCAGCUUUCAACGGGUGCCGUUUUCCCGGGGUUUGCGUGAACCAGUUGCGCAUACCAUUUGAAACGGAAAAUAAUAGAUUUCUUUAUAUAUAAUGAGGGGAAGAAGAGGCAGGCCGCCUAAACAGGCGCUGACGCAUGAACGCUCCUCCGGGCCAGUCCGUGGUCUGAGACCCAGACGGGGGUUAAGGGCAAAGGGGAGAGGUAUUGAUGAUGGCGAUUUUGUGACUCCCAGGAGGGGAAAUUACCAUUCAUCGCGUGGCAGGAGGAAAGUGGGAUCAACCUCGGCAUCACGGGGUAGGGGUAGAGGUAGGGGAAGGGGAAGAGGUCGGGGUGCCAGGAGAGGUGGAGGCAGGGGGGCACGGACUUUUAGCAAGGUGGUCUACGAUGACCACGAAAGUGAUGAAGAGGAGGACGCGGGGAGUCUGAGGUCGGAGGAGGACGAUUUAAUCGGAGAGGCGACGACGGACGAUGAGCUGGAGGCCCUGGACGAGCAGUCUGAUUAUCUGGAGGAGCUACAGGACGAUGAUGAUUAUGAUGACGAUGCGAGCUACUGCACGGACAGCAGCUUUCGGAGCCACAGCACGUACGGCAGCACGCCCGGGCGCAGGAGGGCCCGGGUCCUCCGUCCCCACCCCCCCGUCUUUGAGGAGAAGGAGGAGGUUCCCCCGCUGGAGCUGCCCAGGUGCUCCGAGGACCUGCUGGUCCCUGCCGAGCACCUGAUGACAGUGGCGGCCAUCUACGAGGUGCUGCGUAACUUUGGCAGUGUGCUGCGACUGACGCCGUUUCGCUUUGAGGACUUCUGUGCGGCGCUGGCAGGCCCAGAACAGUGUACUCUGCUGGCUGAGACGCACAUCGCCCUACUCAGGGCCAUCCUGCGUGAGGAGGACGGCUCCGGUACCACCUUCGGCCCGACGGACCUGAAGGACAGCGUCAACUCUACACUCUACUUCAUCGACGGCAUGACGUGGCCAGAGGUGGUGCGCGCCUACUGCGAGAGUGAUGCUGAGUACCGACACGUGCUGCCCUACCAGGAGGUGGAGGACUACCCCUACGGGCCCCUGGAGAGCAAGCUUCAGGUGCUGCAGUUCCUGGCCGACCAGUUCCUGACCACCAACGUGGCCCGCGAGGAGUUGAUGUCGGAGGGCACCGUGCAGUACGACGACCACUGCCGGUCCUGCCACCGGCUUGGUGACCUGCUCUGCUGCGAGACCUGCUCGGCCGUCUACCACCUGGAGUGCGUGCAGCCGCCGCUGGAGGCCGUGCCGGCCGGGGAGUGGCAGUGCGAGGUGUGCAAGGCUCACCAGGUGCCCGGUGUGUCUGAUUGUGUGGCCAGCAGCCAGCAGAUCAGGCCUUACGUGCGCCAAGAGCCCAUCGGCUUCGACCGCAAUGGCCGCAAGUACUGGUUCCUCCACAGAAGGAUUUUUGUGGAGGAGGAAGGUGACCAGAAGAAGAGGACCUGGUACUACAGCACUAAGCGUCAGCUCUCUGAGCUGGUUGCGUGUCUGGACAAAGAUCAUUGGGAGAAGGAGCUGUGGCACACCCUGGAGGAGCUGUGGGAGGAGGUGCACGCCCAUAUGGAGAUCACAGAGGAGCUCACGGAAAAAGCCCGGGGCAGCACCCCCUCCUACCUGGCCGCUGCUAAUGAGGAGGUACUGGAACGGUUGAAGACCAGGCACGGGGCGGAGGUGGACAAGGUCAAAGGGCUGGAGUCGAGACCUGACAGCCAACCAGAGGCAGGCAAAGGCAAUGAGGAGCCAAUCAAUGAUCAUUCCUCAUCUGAGGGGGACGAGCCAAAGAUCGCCAAGGACCAAUCAACCAAGGAGGAGAUGGAAGAUAUGGAUGCGCUCACUUGUGGAGAAGAGAGCAGUAGAAGCUCAGAUGGAUCAAAACCUUGUGCAUCUACUGCAGCAGCUGGAGAAGGUGCCGAAGGGGCGGUGACCAGUACAGGGAUCAAGCAGGAGUCCGCAGGUACAAAGGAACUGGAGAAAGCCCUGGAGUUGGAUCCUUCCAGUGAGAAGACCACCAUCUCCUCAUGCGCACCCCAGGGUCCCCAGACCGCAGAUGAGAAUACCAGUGACAGCCAGUCCUCAGCGGCCAGUGUCAGUGGACAGAACAGUGAGGGGAAGCUGUCCCACUACGCUGCCAUUGGCCAGGAUGAUAUGGACGAGGGCCAGGAUGACUCAAACGGGUUGGCUGAAGGGAUGGGUGUGGACCGGGUCUCGCAGACGCCCACGCCGACAUCCACGCGCAUGGUGACACGUCUUCGGAACCCUGACAGCAAGCUGAGCCUGCAGAGAGUCCAACAGGGCUCAGCAUCUCAGGAUAACGGCAGGGCUUCCAAGGAGGUGUCCAUUUUUGGUUCCCUGGGGGAUCCUGCCAGCACCAAUGGUUCCAGGAAGGACUCUGGAGUGAAGGAAAGCGCUGGUUUCAAGUUGGGCCAGGAGGGCAAGUACCGGGUCUUUCAGAACCAAUACAGUAGUAACACACUGGCCCUAAACAAGCACCAGCACCGUGAGGACCAUGACAAGCGGCGGCACUUGACCCACAAGUUCUGCAUGAGUCAAGCGGGCGAGUUCAAGUGGAACGGCUCGGUGCAUGGCUCCAAGGUUCUCACCAUCUCCACGCUGAGGCUGACCAUCAUCCAACUGGAGAACAACAUUCCUGCCCCCUUCAUGCACCCCAACUGGGCCUCUCACAGGUCAAACUGGAUUAAGGCGGUGCAGAUGUGUAGCAGAGCUCGGGAGUUCGCUCUGGCCCUGUCCAUCCUGGAGUGCGCCAUCAAGCCAGUGGUCAUGCUGCCUGUGUGGAAGGAUGCUCUGGGACACACCAGGUUACACCGGAUGACCUCCAUUGAGCGGGAAGAGAAGGAGAAGACGAAGAAGAAAGAGAGAAAGCUAGAAGAGGAAGAGACUAUGCAGCAGGCCACCUGGGUGAAAUAUACCUUUCCCAUCAAACACCAGGUUUGGAAGCAGAAGGGAGAGGAGUACCGGGUGACAGGGUAUGGAGGCUGGAGCUGGGUCAGUAAGACCCAUGUACCUCGCUUCGUUCCCCGGCUGCCAGGCAACACCAACGUCAACUAUCGCAAAGCUCUGGAGGCUGCCAAGAUCAAGCAGAGCGCAGAGUCUGACCCAGACACUGCGUCCAGCCCAGAUGUGAGCAUUGAACAGAGGGCUAGCCCCAUCAAAGACUCUGCGGCAGGCGAAUCGAAAAGGGAAGAGGACCGGAAGUCUCCAAGGGGAUCUCCUGAGAGCCCCAUAUCUGGCAAGAAAGAAGAGGGUGGAGAGGGUGUGGCUGGGCUGUCAAGAGAUGAGCCCCUAGACAAGAUAGAUAUCAAGGCUGAGGGGCAGGCUGGAGAGACCACCGAGGCACGAGCAGAGGGGCCGGAGGCUGAAGGAAUGGACACUGGCAUCUCCAACUCCAAAUGCAUUGAAGAAAAUGGAAAAAGUGAGACUUCUAGCACGUCUCCAUUGGAUGUUGAUGCAAAGAAGGAGGAAGACAAAGGAGACGUGGUGGAGAAGUUCUUCUGUGCUGAUGUGGUGAAUGUGAGCGAGGGCUUUCAGCUGCGCACCGCCUACAAGAGGAAGGUAAAAGCCUCCAGGCUUGAUGGCCUGCUGGAGCGACGUGUCCACCAGUUCACCUUGGAGGAGAAGCAGCGCUACGAGCGAUUCAGGGGCCAAACGGCUACGCAAGUGGAGUCGGGAGCGGGGGGCCCGGACCAGCAUGGUUCGGUAGCGGGUGACGGACAGGUUGGAGUCACUUCAAUGAAGGUGGGGAGCCUGGUUGUUCCCUCAGCUGUGAACUCAGGAACUGCAUCUGCAGCUGGUACCGAAAAACAAGUGAGUCAGGAGGAAGAGGAAAAACAGUCCAAGGAGUCCUCUGGUCCUGGAUCACCAGUGAAGGAAGUUAAUUGCCAGUCUAAGCAGGAAGAUAGUACAUCCCAAAACUCACAAGCGAUUGGCAGUCCGAGUUCAGCUUGUAAUGAUCAAAAUGUAUCCGAGGAUCGUUGUGUGCCUGAAUACGAGUCUAUCAACGAGAGAAAUGGUGGGAGUACGGCCUUGCCGUCGACCAUGUCGACACCAUCUCCGGAACUUAAUGUAGGGUCCUUGAAAGGGACAGACAUUUUACCUGGGCUGAACUCUGAGAGUAAAUCAGAACUGACUGUGGGGACCCUGGAGUUCUCCAAGUACCAGAAAUCUGCGGGAACAGAGAAGGUACAUUGUCCUGAAGACUGGAAAUUGGGGCCAGUUUUCACUGGGCAGAAUGGUGAAGAAAAUGGGUGUUUACAGGAUGAAAGUAUGGACGUUGACAAGAGUGGAGAUGAUGAAUCGGCUGUAAAAUCCCAGCUGCCCCUUGGGGUUCAGGUAAAUGGGGAUGAUUCCCUUCAGAAUAAGACUCUGUUAGACUGUACAUUACCUCUAGAAGCUUCCUCAAAGCUAGACUUUGACAAAGACAUUGAGGAAAAGGGAGCUAACCAGAAUUCAGGAAAUGAGAUAAAAGUUCUUCCAGCUCAGGAUGCUGUUAAACUACUAAUGAACGGGGACCUGCUCUCACACCAGUCAUCCUCUCACUCCAUUGUCGAUAAAAAGAGUAACACAACACUGUCUAAUACGGAGUAUUCACCUGCUCAAAAGGUUCCUCGUCUGGAGAACAGUGUCAAAGAGCUGGCCUCUUCCUCUGGCACCUUGCUGAAUUCCGAUGUCUCGUCAGUAAUUAGUAGGGCGUCUGAGGAGUGUGAUGACACCAAGAAAGAUUGUGUGGGGGAGGGGGACGAAUCGGUGGCACUGAAGCUGGCCUCGUCAACAGUGCCACCUGCAGGACAGUCCAGCCUCAGCAACAGUGUGUCUCUAAGCAAUCACAGCAGUGAGCCCACAUCAGUGACCAGUAACGACGAGGCACCAAAGACAACCAUCACACAAGUUACCACAACAAUGACAACCAUCACUACCACCAUCUCCAAGGCAGUCGCGGUAUCCAAGGAUUCUGGUGGCACGCCCGCUGUAGUGUCCAUAUCAGAAAAUAAAGCUCUUUCUAUGCUCACUACCACCAGCACUACUGUCACCACCACGGUGACCGGGGGAGGUGCGACCACCAUGACCGUGAGCCGGGAGUACUCCACUAAGGACCGGGUCCGACUCCUCAGGUUCUCGCGCUCCAAGAAGGCCCGCUCAGGCACGGCCUUGCCCUCCUACCGCAAGUUUGUCACCAAAAGCAGCAAGAAGAGCAUCUUUGUCCUACCCAACGACGAACUCAGGAAGCUGGCCAGGCAAGGGGGCAUCCGGGAGGUGCCCAUCUUCAACUACAAUGCCAAGCCUGCCUUGGACAUUUGGCCCUACCCCUCCCCACGACCCACGUUUAGCAUCACCUGGAGGUACCGGCUCCAGACGGUCCGCUCUCUGGCAGGGGUAAGCCUGAUGCUUCGACUGCUCUGGGCCUGCCUGAGGUGGGACGACAUGGCCGUGAGGGCCCCGAUGCACACUGUGGCUCGCUCGGAAACAUCAGAGACCGAGAUCACCACCACAGAGGUUAUCAAGCGCCGAGAUGUGGGGCCUUAUGGGAUACGGUCAGAGUACCUCGUCCGGAAGGUCAUCCGCCCCAUAGGCGUAGCUGCGUCUCCUAAGGAAGCUCACACUCCUCAGAGGAAGGGCCUCCGGUCUAGUGCUCUGAGGCCCAAGAAGCUGGAUUCGCCAAGGCAGAUGGGCCCGGUGGUGCUUGAGAAAUGGGUAACAGAGGAAGAACUGGAGCUGUGGGAGAUCAGAGCCUUUGCUGAAAGGGUGGACAGGGAGAAGGCUUCUGCGGCGGACCAGGCAAAGGUUAGUGUGCAGAAGAAGGCAGAGGAGUACAAGGCCAACUUGGAGGCUCAGCUUAAGCAGCAGAGAUUGGCUGCUCAGCAGAAACGCCUGGAACUGCAGAAACCUGCCUCCGGUAGUGCCACACCAGUCUCCACCCCACAGAAGGUGCUGGUGGGCUCCUUGACGGGUGCCGUCACCCCCGGCUCCAAGCUGGUCCUGACCUCAAAGGUGGGCUCCCCCGCCGUCACCUUCCAGCAGGGCAAGAACUUCCAGCAGACAUUCGCUUCCUGGGUCAAGCAAGGUCAGAGCAGCCCAGUCAAUGCCACUGCCAUCUCCACUGCAUCCACGAGCUCGACCAUCUCAGGACAGACUUUGCAGGUGUCAGGCACAUCGGUAUCAGUGGCUGGAAAAGUUCUCUCCCUACCGGCCAACAGCAAGAUCGUGACUGUCAAUGUACCCAGUGCACAAGGAGGCAUGGUACAACAGAAGGUCCUGGGCAUCAUCCCAUCCAGCACCACCGGUGGCACGCACGGCUUUACCUCCAUCCAGCCGCGAAGUACGACCGUGGGCCUCCGGCCCGGAGCAGUGCCUGCGCCACAGAUGGUCCCGGGUGGUGCUCAGAUCCGGCCCGGUAUGGCAGUGAUCCGAAGCCCCCUGCAGCAGAGUACCGGUCUGAAUAAGACGAUCAUCUCCACCCCGCUGGUGGUCCAGCCUGGUCUCCUUCCCACUGGCCAGCUUGUCCGGGGCGCUCCAUGUUCCCCGGCCACCUCUGCGCAAAGCACACCCCCUCGUCCCCCCGCCAUGACAUCUGCAGCCUCCACAUCCCCAGGCUCGGCUCCCCAGACCCCCCGACCCCAGCAGGGGCAAGUCAGACUCACCCUGGCCCAGCUUACCCAGCUCACCCAAGGUGCACAGGGAGGAGGCCAGGGCCUGACGGUGGUGAUCCAGGGUCAGGGCCAGACCACCGGCCAGCUGCAGCUCAUCCCUCAGGGGGUCACCGUCAUCCCAGGACCAGGCCAGCAGCUCAUGCAGGCCGCCAUGCCCAACGGCCAGCUCCAGCGCUUUCUCUUCACGCCGGCUCCCCCGACCACGCCCACCACUGUGGCCACGCCCACUGCUGUGCCCACACCCACCACUGUGGCUGUGCCUGCCCCCACUACAACAGCCGCACCCCCUUCCGCCGCCACGCCUUCAACACCAGCAGUGCAGCCGGAGCAGAAGCCCACGCAGUUGCAGCUCCCGGUGCAGAGCCCGCCCUUGCCACAGACACCACCUGCCCCCCAGGCCUUGCAGCCGGCUGCUCCUUCUACCCAGGCAGACCCUCUUGCUGCCCCCCCGCAGAUGGUCGCCCCAAACCUGGCUCUCACAUCGGCCCCUCCGCCUCUGCCCACUACGGCAGCGGUCCCGCUUCCUUCCACUCAGAUUCAGGUGAAGGGUGUCCUGGCUGCCCCCACCCCAGCACAAGCCCCCCUAGGCCAGCCUGGCCUUGUCGUUAUGCGGCAGGCUCUCCCCCAGACCCCCCUGCACCUGGGUCUCCGGCUCCAGCCCCAGCAGAUCCGGCCGAAGCAGCCCAUCCCAAUCCAGCCGGGACCCGGGCUGGGGGCCACCCAGGCUGCCAGUGGCCAGAAACAGCCAGAGGUUCGGCAGGAACGAGGAGGCAGCGUCAAGCUGCAGCCGAACCUGAAGACGGAACGCGUGAUGGAGCAUUUAAAGCAGAAGUCAACUUGUUUAGCUGAUCAGGAGGACGCUCAGAGAAUGAUCGUGUGCAGCCAGGUGAUGAAGUUCAUCCUGGACAAGAUCGAGAAGGACGAGAAGCAGGCGACUCGCAAGCGGAGGCGGGAUGAGGCCGGCGAGCCGAAGCGCAGUAAGCAGAGCUCCAGCCGGCUGUCGACGCUGCUCUUCAAGCACAAGGAGCUGCUGAAGGCCGAGAUCCUCCAGAAGAGGGCGCUGCUGGACAAGGAUCUGCAGCUGGAGGUCCAGGAGGAGCUGAGGAAGGAUCUCACCAAGCUGCGUAAAGAGAAGGACAAAGCACAGGCUGGCGUGGCCCCCGCCCCAGCAGCCGCGCUCUCCCCUAGCCCCACCUCGCCGACCCUCUCCUCUCAGAAGCGCAAGCGCGACGAUGACCGGGACCAUGCCAAGGCCAAGAAAAAGAAGAUGAUCUCCGCUACCUCAAAAGAUGCCAGGAAGGACACCAAGCUGUACUGCGUGUGCAAGACGCCCUACGACGAGUCGAAGUUCUACAUCGGCUGUGACCUCUGCUCCAACUGGUUCCACGGUGAGUGCGUGGGGGUCACGGAGAAGGAGGCCAAGAAAAUGGACGACUACGUCUGCAGAGAGUGCAACCGGGCGCAGGAAGGCCAGACGGAGGAGCUGUACUGCAUCUGCCAAACGCCAUACGACGAGUCGCAAUUCUACAUCGGCUGCGACCGCUGCCAGAACUGGUACCACGGCCGCUGCGUGGGCAUCCUGCAGAGCGAGGCGACACACAUCGACGAGUACGUGUGCCCGCAGUGCCAGUCCACGGAGGACACCAUGACCGUCCUCUCACCGCUCACCGACAGAGACUACGAGGGCCUGAGGCGGAUUCUGCGCUCUCUGCAGGCUCACAAAAUGGCGUGGCCGUUCCUGGAGCCUGUGGAUCCCAACGACGCCCCAGAUUACUACGGUGUCAUUAAGGAACCGAUGGACCUGGCUACGAUGGAAGAGAGAGUACAGAAACGGUAUUACGGCAAGCUGACGGAGUUUGUGGCGGACGUGACCAAAAUCUUUGACAACUGCCGCUACUAUAAUCCCAGUGACUCGCCCUUCUACCAGUGCGCGGAGGUGCUGGAGUCCUCUUUUGUACAGAAACUCAAAGCUUUCAAAGCCAGCAGAUUGUGACGUCGUAAGUGACGUCAUAGCUGGAAUCUAACCUGGAUGCUGGGGGUCACUGUAUCGUUUAAAUCAUGGAAUCUGCUGUUCUGUGGACAGCAUAAAUUCUAUAGGGUUUGCUUUCUGGGGGCAUGGAGAAACCAGAGCAUUUAAAUUAAAAUCCAGUCGUUUUGCAAUUAGCCAAAUGCCUGAUAUGCCUAGUGAGCAUUGUGGUUUUGGCAGCCAUAUUCCCAAAACAAAGUGAAGUGGAAUUGGUGACUUUUUUUUUUUUUUUACACUGUUUUACUACCUGUGACAAAGAUGACCUCUAAAUAUAAUGUGAAUCCUUAUACAUGCAUGUAAUAUGUUAGUAAACAAGCACUUGGAUCAGAAUGCUACUUUAAAGCAUUGUUGGUUUUUAUUUGAGGGUCCAUUUGUAUUCACAUUUGUUUAAAUAUAUAUAUAAAAUAUGAAUAUUUAAAAAGAUUUUAUUGCGAGAGAUAUGUAAAUUAAGUUUCAGAUUUGCUGCGCCCUUUCCCAUAGCAUUCAGUUGUCUCAGCCCUAAAGCUGAUUCUGUUCAUGUAUAGACGAUUUGAUAGCAACAUUUUUGCUCUUCUGCUCGUGGGACUUUGACUUACACAACCAUGCUCUGAGGGCAGAAGGAAAAAUUGUAGAGGAGGUGGGAUCAAGACAUGUGAUUGGUUGGUCCCGCCUCCUCUAGUUGCUUGUACCCACCUCUUCUGCUGUCUGAUUGGUUCAGAGAGGUAAUCAACUAUUUUCCUUCUGCCCUCAGAACAUUUUCGUGUAAAUAAAACUCCCAUGAGCUAAUCUUCUCCUAAAAGCGUUAUGCUUGUCCUUAUAGGGUCGUUUUAAAUUGUGACUUGGCCCUUCUGGGGAGGAACUUUUGGCCAGUUUGCGUGUAUAGUGAGAAGGCAUAUUCUCUUAAAUCCUUUUGUGAAGGAUUGUUUUAUGGUUAAAGAAAAAUCAAUGUUUCAAGUUAGCAUUUCCCAAUCUGGUUCUCAGGGACCCUCAGUCAGUCAGGGAGCAGGGAGGGAGCAAAAAUGUGGACUGUUUGGGAGGGAGCAAAAAUGUGGACUGUUUGGGAGGGAGCAAAACCAGGGACCGAGUGUGGGUCCCCGAGGACUGGAUUGGGAAUCACUGCUUUAAAUAAUACAAGUGGCACCUCAUGAGUCUUCUUCCAGCUUUACAGUACCAAGUGGUGUUCUUGUUUACUAAAGGUGCACGAAGUGUUGAUCUUUUUCAGAAGCUUGCAGUGCCUUAGCCGUUAAGCUUGACGCCUCUGCAUCCUGUCAUGUAUGUUUUUUUUUUUUUUUUUUUUUUGGCCAGUGUGAAAAGUUUAAUAAAAUGUUAAAGGCUCCUCAACUUUUUUUUCCCCCCUUUUUCUAUAUUCUGUAGGUCUCAUAACAACAAACUACAGUCUCCAGCUUCUUAGAACAGGGUGUUUCUUUGCUGGGGGGUUCUGCACGUUUAAAACUUGUGCCUGGAUGCGGUCUCCAGCCAGCCAGCCCCCCCGUCCCCUGCGCCUCGUUACCCCCAAAAGGAAGCACCGGACCCACAAACGGUCUUGCGGUUUGCUGCCUCAAGGACGUGGUUUGUUGUGGGGGGGGGUUCAGAAUGCGAUGUGUGGGUGUCGGCUCCAUUAUGGGACAAGUGGAACAAAAGUGGUUUUGUUAUGGAGAAUCGCCCCAACCCCAAAAGUACAGACGUUCAUAGACGUUCUCAUCAGGUGGGGUUAGGCACACUUUUGGUUUUUAUUUUGUUUUAUAUAUAUAUAUAUUGGACUGUUAAACGGAGGAUAUGGUGCAGUGUAUAUCCUUUUUGUACCUCACAGAAGAGUGGAAAACAUACAUUCUGAGAACUACAUUUACGAUGUAGCAGUGUUUUUGAUCCCCCCCCCCAACCCCUAUGUCUUCUAAUUCUUAUUUAGUGAGAUAAAAUUUCCAUUUAUUUCACACAGGGUCGCUUUAGUUAAAACGGUGUCCCCCCCACACUCCUCCCCCCCAACAUCGCACUUGUGGCGUUGAGCUUCUGAAUAACACCAGGCAGGAACGCUAAGAAGACGAAUACACUUAAAUCCCUGUACUGUACAGAUGGACUGAAAAGAAGCUAAAAAGCAGUGUGUUUGAAGGCAUUCUGUUUGUACAACCUGUCAGAUACUGAAUUUUGUGCUUUUUAUUUUUUAUAUUACAACUCAAGAAAUAAUGUACUAAUUAAAGAACCUAAUAAAACGGAAGGCAGAGCUCCA